CGGCUGGCGUGAAGCGUGUAGACCUGCCAACACAUGUGAAGAGACUGCCGUCUCAGUCCGACACACUGGAUAUCUGUCAACAUUUGACCGUCAGACAUGGGACCAGAUCAGCUAGCUCUAGUCGUCUGCCUGCUCAGCCACGUCCAGGGGUUCAACAUCAACACAAUGACCGCCCAGAUAGCCAGGGGACCGGAGAGAUCGAUGUUUGGCUACAGUAUGACCUUCACCUUCCCACAAGACCAGAACGACACACUCACGCUACUAGUGGGGGCCCCUCAUGCCGACACACCAGAUGGCGGACGGAGAUCCGGGGCUGUCUACAAAUGUCUCGGCGGUCUCUAUGGCAACGUGACGUGCUCAGAGAAACUCUACUUCAACGACUCCAGAGGCUGGGAGAACUCAAGUGUAGGCGAAGGUUUUGGUUCGACUGUGAUGGCGCUGGAUGACGGCGGUAUGAUAGUUUGUAGCCCAAUGUUUAAAGACACUAGAACUGCCAUGAUCAAGCAAUUUACUUACAUGAUUGGCAGGUGCAUCAACGUCAGAAAGGAGAAUAUGACUGGACAAAGUUACGAACCUUACUUCAGCAGUGAUCGGAAUAAAUAUGUCGUGCACUUGAACAACAAGAAAGAGAAUCGGUGGUAUACGGCUGGCUUCGGGAUCUCCGGGAACUGUGAUGGGGAUUCUGUGUUUGUCGCUGGUGCAACGGGAGUUUACAUGUCCAAUGGAAAUGUACACAUACAAGACAUGAACACACAGCACAGCGCCGAAAUUAAUCAAACAGAUUUAAACGUCAUACCCGCUGGAGCAUACGGAUACACGGGCUACUCAGUCAAGCUGGGGUCUCUGUGUGGUGUGGACGUCUUUAAGUGUCUGGUCACUGGCGCUCCCAACAAGAACCUGACAGGGGAGGUUACGAUCUACUCCUGGCGCAACAGAUCCGACUCAUCUCUCCAACAGAUCCAGGUUCUCAGAGGUCAACAGGUCUGGGCGUAUUUCGGCUACAGUGUGGGCACCGUUGACGUUGACCAGGACGGUACUGACGAGCUGCUGGUUGGAGCACCCUACCACACGGACCUACAGGACAAGGACAUGGGGCACGAUCAGGGGCGUGUCUUUGUUUACACUCGUCAAGCUAACGGGCAGUAUAGUUUGACCGUCACACUUGAUGGCAGCAGGAAAAAAUUUUCUCGCUUUGGCACGGCCAUUUCCAGCAUAGGAGAUGUCAAUCUUGACAGGUUCAAUGACAUAGCUGUUGGUGCACCAGACGAAGAUGAUGGUGAAGGGUGUGUCUACAUCUACCUGGGCGGCACCUCGUGCUACGUCAACACACCCAGCCAGCGAAUCUCUCCAUCUCAGCUGGGUUUAUCCCUGAAGGGUUUUGGCUUCACGAUAUCCGCCAGCAGGUCGCGCUCUGACGUCAUCAGCUAUCCCGUGCUGGCUGCCAGUUCAGUCUUCAACAACACAGUCGUCAUUUUACGCUGCAGGCCAGUGCUGAACGUCACUGCCAAGAUUUUGGUUGUACCAGACCCGUUGGACACAGAGAACAGUUGCCAUGGUAACGAGAAGUGUUUCAAACUGACCUUUUGUAUGGCCUACAAGCUGAUGGGGGUCAAACAGGAACUCUUGAAUUUCAGCGUGAAGUUUUCCCUGGAUACCCACAUCAAAAGCCAGACUUCCAGACGGGCGACGUUCGAAUCCUCCAGCUCUGAGCUGGAAGCUAACAAGCUGAUUGCAGUAGAGUUUCUCGACUUGAAGGAGUUCUGCACAGAAUACAACGUCACACUCAGGGAGGCUCAGGUCCACCAGGACAGCUUCACCCCUGUGGUCAUUACAGCAGUCUAUGAGCUCAUCUCACCACCUCACCCCAUCUUGGACGCUCUAAGAGCAAACAAUGUCUCCAGAGCCAUUCCUUUUAAAAAGAAAUGUGGUGACGAUGAAAAAUGUCAAGUUGACCUUAAAAUUAACAGCGAUUUUGAAUUUUCACCCAUUGCAGGGUACAGAAGCUUAGUGCUCAACUACACCAAGGAACUUGUGGUCAAGGUGGAGGUGACCAACACCAACGAGACCGCCUACUGGACUGUGAUCAAGGUCAAGGUCAGUGACCAGCUGACCCUCAUCAGGUCCAACUCAAGCUGUCAGGCCGACCCGAGUGGCGACCCUAGUGGCGACCCCGACUCAAGUCAGGGAACAACACAGGCCUACUGCAACAACUACAAGCCUCUAGAGAAACACAACAAAGUUUUCUUUCUUUUGGCCUUCGACACUGAAAACAUUGACAUGAAACAAAAAUUCAUUCAAGUCAACACAUCCGUCAUGCCAAAAGAUAGCAAGAACAACCCAGAGUUGUUUCCCCUGGACAAUGUGGCUCUGCUAAAAAUAGACGUGGAAAUAGUGAGCGACAUCUCUCUAGACAGCACCUCAUCGCCGGCUGAGUACACGGUGUAUGAAGCCAAGCGAGUUGCCCCGACCCACGGGCCUGAUAGGACGGACUACAGUCUCAUAGCGCGCCCCCUAAACCUCACUCACAAGGUUCUUCUGACCAAUCACGGCCCCAGCUUCUUGCCACCUACAGAGGUCAAGGUCAGCGUCCCUGUCUACCUGCAGGACGAGUCGCAGUUUGUUCUAUACGCAGAUGUCAAGCUGUCUACAUCUGAUGGUAAGGUUCUAAACUGUCCCGCACAAUCAAAGUUUCAACCCGUCUCCCCAAGUUCAACAGCUUCAUCAACGAUGUCAACUACCCCGUCAGUUGAAGAAAGGACAGCAAACUUGAACACGACGUAUGGGACCACAGAAACAACUACUACCACCAUAGACUCCGACCUUAUAAAUAGAAAGAAACGAUCGGCCAAGAAAGUCGAAGAGAAAAUAUAUUCAGUGAAUUGUGGAAGAGAUGCUGAACUGUGCACAGUUUUUGUCUGCGUCACCGGCUCCAACCUUCAACCUAAAAGCUACAAUGUCGUCAACAUUUCACUCACCAUCAACAGGGCCAAUAUCCCACUGCCCAAGGAUUACACAACAAUGGAGUUUCUAACAACUGUCGAGGUCGUGCAACCACAAGAGCCACUGAUGAGGGUGUGGCCUAGCAAAAGAUGGACACAUACAUCCACCAAGUUCCACCUGGUACAGACAGGUGGAAAAAUUAACAUCUGGAUCAUUAUCGGCUGUAUAGCGGCGGGUCUAGUCCUGAUCACUUUGAUUGUACUGCUCUUGUGGAAGUGUGGGUUUUUCAAACGAACAAAACACGAUCAAGUGGAGCAACUCAAGCGAGAAGGCAACCGGAUGUCAACGGUCAACUACAGCAAGAUGGCGGAGGACACCAAGGCAGAGGAGGCAACAGCCGUGAUGGCUGCAGCUGCUGCAAUAGAUGGGGAGCUGUAGACUGGGAUGUG